GUUUCAUCUCGAUCAUCAUUGGUGGCGAUAAUCAGUAUUGCAUAGUGCCCUUUCCGCAGCACGGGGAGAGUUGUCGGUUGAUCGCAUUUCUUGCAAAAGGCUAAUUUUGAGGAAAAUUGUUGUAUCAUAGAUUUUGAUAUAUACACGAUCACAGACUAUCAAAAUAGGUGCCAUGGGGAAAGAUUACUACAAAACCCUCGGUAUUCCGAAGGGUUCCACGGAUGAAGAUAUUAAAAAGGCUUACCGAAAACUGGCACUAAAAUAUCAUCCGGAUAAAAACAAAUCUCCUGGAGCUGAAGAAAAGUUCAAGGAAGUUGCUGAAGCGUACGAAGUGCUUUCGGAUAAAAAGAAACGUGAAAUGUAUGACAAGUUUGGUGAAGAUGGACUGAAAGGAAGAGCAUCCAACGGCACGUCAAAUUCGUCACAAAACUUCUCUUAUGAAUUCCAUGGCGAUCCUAGAGCUACUUUUGCACAAUUUUUCGGUUCAAACAAUCCAUUUGGUUCUUUUUUCGACAUGCACAAUGACAGCUUAUUUAACAGCAGUAUUUUUAAUGACGAUGACUUCUUCACACCCUUAAGUGGUUUAGGCAACAGGCACGGUUUAGGUGGAGCCUUUAGGUCACAUUCGUUCAACGUCCACUCACCGCUUAAGAAAGAGAAAGUCCAAGAUCCACCAAUCGAACAUGAUUUGUACGUUACCUUAGACGAGAUUUAUCAUGGCUGUGUGAAGAAGAUGAAGAUCUCCCGUCGUGUUCUGCAGCCAGACGGUUCUUCAAAAAAGGAAGAUAAAUGUGUGAACAUAUCCAUUAAACCUGGGUGGAAGUCAGGUACAAAGGUGACCUUCCAAAAAGAGGGGGAUCAAACGAAGGGCAAAAUACCUGCUGACAUUGUGUUUAUUAUACGUGACAAACCACAUGUCUGGUUCCGACGAGAAGGAAGCGAUCUUCGAUACACGGCUCGAUUAACAUUGAAACAGGCUCUCUGUGGGGUAAUUUUUGAAGUGCCAACGAUGACAGGUGAAAAACUACGUAUUAGUACAAAACAAGAAAUCAUCAAGCCCAAUACGAUUAAGCGUAUUCAAGGUUAUGGACUUCCUUUUCCGAAAGAACCAUCACGAAAAGGCGAUCUUCUUGUAGCUUUCGAUAUAAAAUUUCCCGACAAGCUUAGUCCAUCGGAAAAAGAAAUGUUGAACAAUAUGCUUCCCAACUCGUAGUUAGUGAAGAGAUUACUAACUUUGAAGAAUGAUUUCUGUAUGAAUACAUGUACUUGAAUUACUUUUUCUGCUUAUAUAGACUAAUUUCAUCACAUAAAAAUGGAUAUAGUGACGCCAGCAGGAUCGUAGUCAUGUUCUAUAAUUAAAGCAAAUCAUUCAAUGAAAAUACCAUUUGUAUAUAGAGCCAUUGUAUGUGACCUGCUAUUUUCUGUUGGAUCCUUUGAAGAGCAAAUUUAGCAUGCAAUGAUUUCGGAGUAUAGUCAACAUAAAAUCAAACGGUACAUCCUGAGUUUGAUUACUGAUUUCAAUCCAUUAAUUUGAAUAGCUGAUCAGUCAGAUUAUGAGGGUUUUUUUAACUCAAAUAAUACGGCUGUAGGCCGUAUCGUUUCUAAUCAUUUCUUUCAUUAAGCUUUCAGCGUAUUUAAUAAAAAAAAUUCUUAAAAUAUGCGUAACGAGCCUUUCAGUUAUUUUUUAUUAAAUUAUUCUUUAUAAUACGCCGCAAUGAAUAUGACUGUGUAUUGAAUAAGGCAGAUUCCUAAGCAGAGAGCAGUUUCUUAAAAUUUCAGAGGCAUCAAAUCUGAAAAGGCAUAAUUAUGCUAUGACUAAUGAAACAUAAUCUGAAAUAUGAUCAAUUUCUCGAAGAAAACUAAUAAUUGAAUAAAAACUCGCGCCAUCAAAUU